GUAACUUAAGGAUAUCGCUGAGUGCUGAGCCAAUCACGUUGCGAUUCGUGUACAGAAUUUUAUUUAACCACCCUCCGGAGACAAAACGAGUUUUAUAUAUAAACCUCACGUAGUUCACCAUGAAAGUAAAGUAAAAUAGAGCAUUAAACGUAUUUAGUUUGACCGAUAUUAGAGAUCUUGAAAGAUUCUUGUUUGUUAGGCUUGUUCGUACAAAGUACGUUGAAGUUUAUUGAAAUAUAACGAACUUGUACGUCGUUAAUAUUUGACUACUUUUGCUGCUGGAUACUAUUUAUUGCAAGUUACGUAACAAGUAUACAAGGCAUGAAUUUCCAGAAGUUUGUCAUUCUAAUUGCCCUCUAUGGGUUAGUUGUAUUUUCUGGGGAAGUCUUGGGUAAGAUUGGAAAAGAUUACUAUAAACUGCUGGGCAUUAAACCAAAGGCCACGGACCGAGAAAUCAAGCGAGCUUUCAGAAAACUAGCAGUCAAGUAUCAUCCAGAUAAGAAUAAAGAGAAAGAUGCAGAGGAAAAAUUUCGAGAAAUUGCUCAAGCAUACGAAGUACUUUCCGAUCCAGACAAGAGAAAAAAGUAUGACCAGUUUGGUGAAGCAGCAUUUGAAAAUGGUGGUGAGGGUCCUGGUGGACCACAUGGCUUUCAGUUUAACUUCAAUGAAUUCUUUCAAAACUUUGAUGAUGCCUUUGCAUAUCAUCGUGGACAUCGUCAAGGUCACGAUUUCCACAAUCACGAAGGUCAUGGCUUCAGGUUCCAGUUUGGUGGUCCACACAGUGGAUUUUUUGAUUUUGACGAUCUUUUUUCAGACAUGGAACCAGAAGAAGGACCAUUUGCAGGAGGAUUUGGUUUUAAUGGAUUUGAUCCUUUUGGUAGUGGGGAUUCCUACUUUGGCACUCAUUUUGGUAAUCAACACAUGUCUAAUCAUCAGUUCAAGGCUCACCACAGUCACAAAAGCUCGGGUGGUUCACGGUGCAAGACUGUGACAGAAAGGCGAGGAAACAUGGUUACAACAUACACCCAGUGUUUCUAAGUUCUCUACCCUUUGACCAGCGGAAGGAGGAUUGAUGUGAUCCUUUUUGUAAACGAUUGUAAUAAUAUAUCUUGUACAUGUAAAGGUUGAUGUAAAGAAAAUUCUGUACAGCUUUUAAAAUUAAAGUGACAGAGUAUAUAUUAAAUUAUUUAUGUAAAACUAUGAUACAAAUUAGGUUUCCUUGUAUAUUAAAAGUUAACUAGUAGCUUG